UGUAACGUAACCAUUUACAAUCAUCGUCAUGUAAACGCUUGGCGAAAAUCAUUAAAGUGACUUUGAUGUGAUUUAGCGAAAACAUACUCCUUAUUUCCUAAAUUUUAACGUUUUAUGCCCUUAUUUUAUUGACUGGUGACGCAGGUCUAGUUCCUGUGCAAUGUUGGAAGUCGGGAAGGAAUUUCUCGUGCCUCUCAGUUCCACAAGCAGUUCAGACAAAACACUGUCAGUUCUGAAUGGGUCUUCAGACAGCAAUGUUGAGAUGACCUCAGCAGAUGGGGUGAUAGGGUCGGGAGCAUCACUGCAGUGUUUCACCCAGACCACAGACAUCGGACCGACCAUCAGUGUGCCGGACAGCUCGGACAUCACCCUGGCUGGGCUGGAUGACAUGCCGGAGCACCUGACUGUGACAGACCAUCACCUGGAGCAGCAGCUCAAAGUCGAUGGUGUCCUAUCCAGUAACUCAACUAUUCUUCUACCAGAUAAUUUAGUUUUAUUUGACACUUCUAAAGGACUCAUCUUGUCUGUGGGAAACCAGGACGGUCUGAACUACACGGCCAGUUUUGUGACAACCAGCUCCGACAGCCAUAGUCAAACAUUGAGUACAUCGAGUCUGCCAGGUACCAUAUUUCCCCAGAUACAGCUGGUGGGAGAUGACUCAGGGAGUGGGGUGUACGAGGCCAGCUCUGAUGGCACUGUGAUGGUUCCCGUCUCCAUCUUCCAGAACACACAUACACUCGUCACCAUGGGCAAUGAGGCAGACGAGCAGCCAAAGAAGAAAGGUUGUGGAGGCUGGCCUAAAGGAAAGAAAAGAAAGAAUGGACCUGUUGUGAAUACACCUCGCAAACCCAUGACAGGCUAUGUGAUAUUUGCUGUGAAGAGACGUCAAGAGCUCAAAGUGUCCAAUCCUGAGAUGACCUUUCCAGAGGUCACCAAGUUGAUGGGUCAGGAGUGGUCCAAUAUGGAGGAGAAUGAAAAAGAGAGGUACAUGAAGCUUGCAGAGGAAGACAAGGAGCGUUAUGUGUUGGAGAUGAAGGAGUUUCAGCACUCAGACCAGUACCAGACCUACCUGAAGAAUAAACGUCAGUCAGGAGACCCUCUGAACGGAGUGGGUGAUGGUGAUAUCCCAGCCAUUGAUAUAGAGGGCAAUGACGGAGACGAGCUGUACUGCAGACUGUGUAACCAGGUGUUCAUAUCAGCACACAACAAGCGGGAGCACAUGUUUGGCAGGCAGCACCUCCAGAACAUCUCCAGUGAGAUCAGGCGUGACAUGGAGGAGCAGGAGGCUCAGAAGGCCCAGCAGCUGUACCUGACGACCGGUCUGGACCAGUACGGGGAGACCGUGGCUGUCUCCAUGGUAACGGAGGGGGACUUCAACCAGGACUCCUCUUCCCUGGAUAUCAGUGACUUCAUACAGCACUUCAUGGAGAAGAAUAGAAGUAGAGACAGAGAAAUACGACUUUUGGAAAAGGCCCAGGAAAGUUACACCAAUGAAAAACUCAUAAUGGACAAACACUUCAAAGAAUUACAGGAGAUCCAUACAAAGCUUGAUGCAGACCUGAGCAAUUUGAAGGCGUAUGGCAUGUCGUUAUCAGCACAGGUUGACGCCCUCAAAAUGGUGCCUACACUGUUUGGUGUCAUCAACUUCUGACAUCUCCUUUGUUUUGUUAUUUAUUUAUAUUUUGUUAAUUAUACUUGAUUCAGUUUG